AUGACCCCGAGCCCUGCAGUUCAAAACCCAGCCUCGAGCACUUGUGCCACGCAGCCCAUUUUGACCAUCACCACAUCGAAAAACUGGGUGUUGCCGCCCCGGCCCAAAAACGCCCGCAAGGCCAAGGCAGACAAAAAGAAGACGCGCCCUGCGUCGCCUCGCAAGCCGGCAAAGGCCCCAGUCCCGGUGCGCCCUGAGAUUCUGCCUGCGCACCUGGCUAACCUGCCCAUCCGCCCCGCCUCCACCAACGUGGUUGCAGGUCCGGCUGUGCCCGAGUCGCUCGAUGAUCUCCAGGCCAGCAUUCGCACUGUGGACAGAGAAAACUACCAUUUAAAAACCCGCUUGCUCUCGCUCAUCCAUGACUACAAAAGCUUACGGGCGCUGGUGUUGAGCUCUGUUUCCUCGGGUUCGAGCUCUCCAGCACCAGGCAUGUUUGAGUCUCCAACCACUGCUCGUAAGCGCUUGUACAAUGAGAUUGGCGACCCAAUGAGUGAGCUCAUAUCUAAUAUGAACGGGCUCUCAUACAAGAGCCCUUCUACUGAGCUUGUGCUGCAUGAGAUGCCUUCGUCAGAAGCCACCAUGUCCGCCAAUCUUGCAAUUGGCUCGGAUGUAGGCGUGUCGGAGGUUGCAGCGCCUUCGGAACGAGACAGUGAUGUGUUUGACUUUGUCGAUCUCGAUGCUAGCACACGGCCACUUGACGACGAGGACGAACUCGAAUCGCUUUCUCUCUCGGUGUCGCCUUCAGCGUCAGAUGCAGAUGAGAACCUGCUCAUGACAUCGCUCACAAGGUCCACCACCGUGUCGACAAACAAUUCUUUUUUCGAAAAGAAACCGUCGCUGGUGUUCAAGUUCUACGACUUGCCUGUCUACUCGGAGGACGACUACGCAUUUCUGUUUGAGAAAAUCGACCCUCAUGGCGAGGCCAUGUCUGUGAUCCAGGAAGACCACUACAACCAGGUGGCCGAUUUCCUCGAGGAGAAACUCAUGAGCAACGACAUCAAAUACUAUGUUGAAAAAAACCAUCCUGCGGGCGUCGCGCCAUUGUGA